AUGGACCAGAGCCACGAAGACCUCAUCGCUCAAUUCAGCGGCAUCACAGGAGCAUCGCCUGCAACCGUAAGUCUGGAACCAGCCCUGCCUACCCCACAUCCGUCACCUUUCCAUACCUUCGACACCUUUCUGUCUUGCACCAACUCUUGCAGUCAUCGCCAUCUAACCCACACAUCAUCUCAGGCACAAACCGCCCUCACUUCAUCGGACUGGGACAUCGAACAAGCCGUCACUCUCUACUUCGCCUCCCAAGACGCUCCUGCCGAAGACAGCGACGACGAACUAGAAGAAGAAGCCGCCGCUCCAUCCCUGCCUUCGACUACCGCUGCCCACAACCCACCCUCGUCCUCAACCAACCGUCCCCCACCCAACAACCGUAACAACAUGGUGCGCACCUUCCGCGACCUCCAGAACGACGAAGACCGUGGCGACGAUGACCACAGCGACCACGAUCCUCAGCAGGACUUUUUCGCUGGAGGCGAGAAGUCCGGUCUCGCUGUUCAGGACCCUAACAGACGCCCUCAAGACCACUUCAGCAACAUCUUGAACCAAGCUAGAGAGUAUGUUGUACCCGACUCUCACUCACUCACAACUCGGCUAAUCCAUGACCAGGNNAACCGCGAUCGCCCCAUUGACGACGACGAGGACGACCAAGCACCUGCCCAGUCCAGCGCCUUCCAAGGCCGCGCCCAAACUCUUGGAGGCGACGAAGCCCCUUCACGUGUCAUCGAAGACCCCAACGCCGUUGCCGCUCCUACAAAUGCCAGACCCUCGCUACCUCGCGUGAGCCGCACACUCCACCUCUGGCAGGAUGGCUUCAGUAUCGAUGACGGCGAGUUGCACCGCUUUGACGACCCAAGAAAUGCUCCUGUCCUUGCUCUCAUCAACCAAGGCCGUGCCCCGCUUGCCUUGCUUGAUGUCCAACCAGGCCAGGAAGUCGACCUUCAGCUAGACCCUCACAAGGACGAGAAAUACGUCCAGCCAAAGAAGAAGUACAAGCCUUUCGGCGGUUCUGGUCAGCGUCUAGGUUCUCCCACUCCUGGCCCAUCUGGCUCUACACCCGCACCUGCCGCUGCAGCUUCAUCAUCCACAUCUUCAGCACCCGCUUCGUCAGCACCAAAGGUUGACAUUGACGAGGCACAACCCACCGUGCAGCUUCAGAUCCGUCUUGGUGACGGUACGCGCCUGGUCUCACGCUUCAACACCUCGCACACGGUUGGUGACAUCUACAACUUCGUCACAGCCAGCAGUACCGCUAGCCAGAGCAGAGCUUUCACUCUCAUGACCACCUUCCCCAACAAGGAUCUGGAAGACAAGAGCGCCAGGUUGGAGGAUCUGCCCGAACUCAAGCGUGGUGGCGUUGUCGUCCAAAAGUGGAACUAG